GUCAGUCUGCGGUACGAAGCCGCACUUACAACCAUGGACGUCAUCAAGUUUAAGGUGAAUGGAGUCGAGCACACAGUAUCCGGCAGCGAGGUGGGCUCCGAUGUUAUGUUGCUGGACUACCUCCGCAACUACCUCCAGCUACGUGGUACCAAGUACAGUUGCCGCGAGGGUGGGUGCGGAGCCUGCAUGAUCACCGCUGCCAAAACUCCAGGAGCUCCAUACUUGGCUGUCAAUGCAUGUCUCCAAUCGCUCGGAUCUUGUCAUGGAUGGGAUAUCGUGACUAUUGAGGGUUUGGGCAACAAAAAGGAUGGGUACCACCCUCUGCAGACGACGCUCGCUGAGAACCAUGGCACUCAAUGUGGAUACUGUACUCCAGGAUGGGUGAUGGCCAUGCAUGGUCUCAUGGAAAGCAACAAUCACCUGACGAUGUUAGACAUAGAAAAGUCGCUUUCUAGCAAUCUUUGUCGCUGUACUGGCUACAGACCUAUCUUGGAUUCUUUCAAGAAGUUUGCAGUAGAUGCUCCUACCGAAGACAAGAUUAAAAGUAUUAAGGAUUUGAGUAUUUGUAAGAAAUCCAACAACUGUUGUCGAAGCUUUGCCAAAGAAAAUGAUUGGUGUAUGGUGGAGGAUGAUGUGUCUGCUGGAAAGAUGAUGGAAAUAAAAUUAAAAGAUGGUAAAACAUGGUACACACCCACGACUCUAAAUGAGGUUUUAAAGUUAUUAGAGGAGAAUUUGGAAUCAUACAUGCUGGUCGGUGGAAACACAUCCAAAGGCGCGUAUCCCAUAUUGGAUUAUGCCAAUGCAUUGAUAGAUGUGAACCACGUACAAGAGCUAAAAGCUAACGACUUUGACCAGAACCUUAGAGUCGGAGCAGGUCUUACAAUGACAGAAUUGAUGGACAUCUUCAAAACUAGUGCUGCGCAAGAGAACUUCAGCUAUUUAUCCAUAUUGUAUGACCAUGUGGAUCUAGUUGCUCACAUACCGUUACGAAAUGUAGCAACAGUUGCUGGAAACUUGAUGAUCAAACACACUUACAAUUCUUAUCAAUCUGAUAUGUAUCUAAUCUUCUAUACCGUUGGUGCUCAAUUAACAAUUGUGGAUUACCAUGGAAAGAGACAAACAGUAACGAUGAAUAAGUUUUUGGAAAUAGACAUGAAAGGAAAAGUGAUCUUGGACAUCCUACUCCCACCAUUAAGUAAAUCGCAUAAACUUUACACAUAUAAGCUGAUGCCCAGAGCUCAGAGUUCUCACGCCAUUGUGAACGCCGGUUUCCUUUUCAAACUAAAUUCAUCAAACGUGGUAGAAGAAGCCACCAUCGUUUAUGGAGCUCUUUCGGAGAAAUUUGAAAAAGCUGUGUCCACUGAAAGGUACCUUAUUGGAAGGGACUUGUUUAGUAAUGACACCUUGCAAGGAGCUUUGAAAGUUUUAGAUGGAGAAAUGAUCGUAGAAGAUCACCCACCAGAACCAUCUAUUGAAUAUAGAAGACAUAUCGCUAAGGCUCUCUUCUUCAAGGCUCUCCUGAAUCUAGCUCCGUCUAGAGCACCCCGGUGUGAUUCAGCUGUUAUAGAUUUGCAUUUGACCAGGCAAUGCUCAAAAGCCAAACAGGUCUUUUCUACUGAUACCUCAUUGUGGCCGGUGAACAAGCCGAUGCCAAAGCUUGAAGCAAAGAUUCAAUGCGCAGGAGAAGCUAUAUAUACUGACGAUAUGCCAUCCUUCCACAAUGAAGUGUUUGGUUCCUUUGUACUGAGUACUGUGGGCCUUGGAACUAUUCUCAAAAUGGAUCCUAGUGAAGCCUUGGCAUUACCUGGCGUAUUAGCUUUUUAUACUUAUAAAGACAUCCCCGGGUUGAACUCUUUUACUCCCUCAGAUGGGCAAGGUGGAGUUACGUCAGCAAACGAGGAAAUUCUAUGUGAAGGUGAUGUAAAAUAUAACGGCCAGCCAAUUGGUAUCAUUGUAGCAGAAACUCAAAACUUAGCAGAUAGAGCUGCAAGGCUGGUGAAAGUUAAAUACACUAACAUUUGUACACCUAUUACGGAUAUCAAAGUAGCUAAAGAAGAUAGCACGAGGAACACUCUAUUCACUUCUGCUGAUGCCACAACGACUGGCUCCGAUGUCCACAAGAUUAUAACUGGCAGUAACGUUGUACACGGACAAUAUCAUUUCCCAAUGGAGACCAUGGUCUCUGUCGUUAGACCUACGGAAGAAGGAUUGGAGGUACAUUUGGCAUCACAGUGGAUGGAUGGUGCACAUACUAUGAUUUCGAGGGCUUUAAAAAUAGACCAAAACAAAAUUGAUGUCUACAUUCGCCGAGUUGGCGGUUCUUAUGGACUAAAGAUUUCGCGUUGCAUUCAGUCAGCUGUUGCGUGCAGUCUUAUCGUUCAAAAACUGAACCGCCCAUGCAGGUUCAUUCAACCAUUGAUUACUAAUCUGAAAGCUUUCGGUAAAAGGAUGCCCAACGUAACUGAUUAUGAGGUUGCGGUCAACAGUUCUGGAAUUUUACAAUAUGUAAACUUGUUCGCCUAUACAGACAACGGUUACAAAAUAAAUGAGCCUAUUGCAUUCUACGCGGCUGAUGUCUAUUUCAACUGCUACGAUGGCACCAAAUUUAAUUAUAAGUCCUAUAACACAAUUACUGAUACAGCUAAAAAUACUUACUGUAGAGCGCCAGGUACAUUAGAAGCCAUCGCAAAUAUUGAGAAUAUUAUGGAGAGAAUUUCGUAUGAACUUUCUUUGGAUCCAAUUGCUCUCCGUCUUGCCAAUUUGAACACAAAUUACAGUGAGUUAGCUGAAACAGUAGAAGCAUUAAAAACCAGCGCUGAAUAUACUAGUCGCAGAGCAGCAGUUGAUUCCUUUAAUACCAAAAAUAAGUGGAAGAAACGAGGACUGAGAUGGGCUUUCUGUAGAUUCCCUCCAGUAGGUGGAUUAUAUGCUGACGUAAAUCUCUCAGUUUACCAUUCAGAUGGCACUAUUGUUAUUACUCAUGGAGGUAUUGAAAUGGGUCAAGGUAUUAAUACUAAAGCCGCUCAAGUAGCAGCCUAUUUGCUGAAUGUACCAGUAGAAUUGAUUGAAAUUAAAGGAAACAACAGCAUCAUUGCACCUAACAGUUUCGCCAGUGGAGGAAGUAUUACAACUGAGGGUGUGAUUGUCGGGCUAAGAAGAUGUAUUGAGCAACUGCAGGCCAGAUUAGAACCUAUCAAAGCCACGAUGACUGACCCAACCUGGUUACAGUUGAUAACCGCAGCAUUUGCUGCUAAUGUGGAUCUUCAAGUCCACGGAUAUUGCAGUUCUUCAGAUGCACAAGCAUAUGAAAUGUUUAGUGCGGCAUGUUGUGAAGUGGAAGUUGACGUUCUGACCGGAGAAUAUGAAAUUCUGAGAGUAGAUAUAAUGCAAGAUGUUGGUAUAAGUAUGAAUCCUGAUAUUGAUAUUGGACAAAUUGAAGGAGCUUUCAUGAUGGCUUCUGGAUACUGGACUUGUGAGAAAUUGGUUUAUGACUCAGAAAACGGUGCGCUACUCACAGACAGAUCUUGGGAUUACCAUCUUCCUGAGGCCAGAGAUAUACCUCAAGACUUUAGAGUUACCCUAAAGAAUUCUUACAGCCACGACUACAUUCUGGGAUCCAAGGGUAUUGGAGAGCCACCGGCGUGUCUAUCAGUGGUUGUACCAUUUGCACUUAGAGAAGCCAUUGUGCAAGCAAGACAAGAAUCUGGUAUACCAACCACGGAAUGGUUUGAUAUUGAAGGCCCAUUCUCCACGGAAAAGAUAUGCAUGGCGAUGAAGACUAGCGUGAAUGACUUUAAAAUUGUCUAAGGUGCGAUGAAGAAAUGACAAAUGGAUGAUAAUUAUAUAAGUUUAACAUUGGUUCCUUCACUCAUGUAUGACAGAGUGAAUGGAGUAGAAAACAUGCUUAGCAGUGAUAUAAAAAUAUACAUAUAGCUAUUUUGCUUUUUCACUUAAGAGAACAUUAAUAAGUUUUAUCUGGUUUCUUUAUUAAAAAAUCAUUUUCAAAGCUUUUUUAUCUUAGUUCUUAGUUAGAGGUCAGUAGUUUAUUGCAAUUUUGUUCGCUUUUUUACACCAUCAAUUUAUUACUUUGGUUUUUAACGGUUUUAUUUUUGUUACCUUUUGGGGUUUUGUUGGUAUCUUUUUGUUUUUCUCCAUAAUAAUUAUUCGUUUUGUAUUCCUU